GUUGGUGUUUUCGGCCCCGGCCGCUUCCCGAGUUAAAUUGGGUUUAUCGCCGUUUCCUUGGUCGGCUUGUUGAGUAAAGAGCCCUGCCCUGGCUUGUUCCGACUCCUCGCCUCUAGAGGACCGUCACUCGACUCUGGAUUCGCACGGAUACCAAUGAUGAGUUAUGCCGAAAAGCCAGAAGAUAUCACGAAAGACGAGUGGAUGGACAAGCUGAAUAAUGUUCACAUUCAGAGGGCUGACAUGAACCGUCUCAUUAUGAACUACCUGGUGACAGAAGGUUUUAAAGAGGCCGCAGAGAAAUUCCGCAUGGAAUCUGGUAUCGAGCCUAGUGUGGACCUGGAUUCUCUGGAUGAAAGGAUAAAGAUCAGAGAGAUGAUCCUGAAGGGGCAGAUCCAGGAAGCCAUUGCCCUCAUCAAUAGCUUACAUCCAGAGCUACUUGACACCAACCGCUACUUAUAUUUUCAUCUGCAGCAGCAGCACUUGAUUGAGUUAAUCAGGCUAAGGGAAACUGAGUCAGCUUUGGAGUUUGCCCAGACACAGUUGGCGGAGCAAGGGGAGGAGAGUCGGGAGUGUCUGACAGAGAUGGAGAGAACACUAGCUCUCCUAGCCUUUGACAACCCUGAAGAAUCGCCGUUUGGGGACCUGCUCAACAUGAUGCAGCGGCAAAAGGUGUGGAGCGAGGUGAACCAAGCUGUGCUGGACUACGAAAACAGGGAGUCGACGCCUAAACUGGCGAAGCUGCUUAAAUUACUGCUGUGGGCUCAGAAUGAGCUGGACCAGAAGAAAGUCAAAUAUCCUAAAAUGACUGACCUUAGCAAGGGCACCAUCGAAGACCCCAAAUGAAAAUGGCAACGCCAAAAACAACCCAACUCCCCAUCCCCUUAAUUUAUAACCAGUCAGCGACUGUGUGAUAACCAGGUAACAUAUAUGUAGAAAUAAAGAGUACAUUCUUUUUACAGUACACGAGGCGUCGUUGAGAGGUAAAACUUUAUUCAUUGUGCAAGCUGUAAAUUACCGUUUUCAAAGUGACGGCGAUGAUUUAUCCUGGAUUUAUAUUCACUUCUUAAAGAUGAAUUGAAAUUUUUAGUCUAUGUUCUAUCUUUUUGAGAAGUAAGACUAAAUCAGAAGUAUUUAUUGUGACCAUUUUCACUUCUUUCUCUUACCAAGUUGUUAUGUUGUCAUGCUGGGUGGUGUGGGUGAUACAGAUGAACACUAUUGAAGCAGAAUGCCUUGAACCUGAGCGUAGGACCGUGGGGAUGGAUGAAGAGUAUCGUUAUGGUUUAAUGUCAGAAUCAGCGAACACAAUUGCUGGUUGUUUUUUUUUUUUUUUUUUUAACAUUUUGUGGGGGCUCCGAUUGUGAUGAAACCCUUGUUGGGAUUCUGGUUUCGGUUUUCUUCAAAUCAGCAGUGACUCUGGCGUUCCUUUCUCAAGCUCCAGCCCUCCAGCUUGUACAUAGUUGUUGUUAUCGAUAUUAAUUAAACGGGGGGAAAAAAUUCAUUAAUAGUUUAUAUGGAUUGUUGAUUCAACUUCAUGAAUUUUUUUUCAAGUUUACCCUUCAAGAAGCCCAGAAUUCCCGGCUUCAUCACAACUGGGAAUUCUGGGCAAGCCGUGUACUGCAGACCAGAGGGCGAUGUGUUCUGUACCAACAGCCCAUCCUCACAUUAUUCCCCUGUGUCUUUUAUAUAUAUAUAUAUAUAUAUAUAUAUAUAUAUAUAUAUAUAUAUAUAUAUAUAAAGGCGUUUUUUCCGAAACCGUCAAUGGUGUUGAGUGCUCAACUAAUGAGGAGCGGAAUAUCAACACGGAUACAGGAAAAAAAGAUUUUAAUGCAUAGCAGUUAUUUUUUACUGCUAUGCAUUAAAAUCUUUUUUCCUGUAUCCGUGUUGAUAUAUAUAUAUCAUAUCAUAUCAUAUAUAUAUAUAUAUAUGGUCUAUCUUAAGAUUUUACUAUUGCGUGUCUUUUGAGUGGGUGUUGAAACAGGUACUGAUGCUUUGAAUUGUGAACUAUGACUUCUCCCCAAACCUAAAUUUAGGAAAGAGUCAUGGCUUACGCUCACGCCCGUUCAGAAGGGGGCGCGUUCUUCUGUCCAGUAGUUUACGGUCAAUGAUACAAGACGUCACAAGUUUUGGGAUUCUGCAUCUGAAUGGGUAUCAAGUUAAGGACCGAAGGGAUCGCUGUCCAUUUUGCCAUAUAUAACUUUUAAAAAAGCUGUGAGUAUUUUCAGUUUCACUGCAUGUAGGUGUAUUGUGAUUUAUUUUUUUUUUAGCAGUAAAAUCACUUUUUGUGCUUUUUUUCAAUGCUUUUUUUGUGUUUGGCCAUUUCCUUUUCUUUCUUUUUUUUUUUAAAAAAAACAAAAGACUUGCUGCUAGUUAUCCAUCCUCCAUUUCUUUUAAAGCCUUGUUUUUGUACAUACUGGUUAUGGAUAUUGUUACUUGGAGAGCUCACAUCCCUUUUGUUAUCGACAAUUUUUAAGGUCAGAUUUGCAGCUAUUGAAAUAAAAAUUUUGU